AUGGUCGAGGCGUACGGCGGUUCUCCGGAAUGGAAAUCGGAUUUUGUGUUUGUAAAGGCGCCUGCAAGUUAUUGUCUGCCAUGGAAUCUCUGUGAGACAGAAGGCCUUGGGGCCAUAAAAGAUGAAUGGACCCAAGAGGAUGAAGAGUGUGUCGAGGAGUUCCAGGCAGAUGUUAAGAAAGUUCUGAAAUACUCACACGUCGUUAAGUGGAACGACGUCCAAUACUAUGUGCCCCCUGCAUAUGUGAAGGAAGGUGAUACGGUCAUGUCGUCGAGCAAUGCUGGGUCUCGAUUGUUUGGCGACGAAGAUCCUUUUGUCAUUGUGAAUUCAGAUGAGGACAUUACUGUUACUGCCGCCCCUCAGAAGAAGAAGAAGAAAAGGAUCGUGAAGGAAUUCGCUGCCCAACUGAAUGAAGCUGACAGCUUGCGGCUGAUGAGUGCAGCCUCGAUGGCCUACUUAGUGCAGCUGAGGAAACUUCGAGAGGACCUGGCAGCAGCAAGGGCAGAAAGGGACGAGGCGUUGUUCGAGGUGGUUACCCUUGAGGAGAAGGUUCGCCAAGUUCAGGCCAAGGAAGCAGAAAUUGUCGAGGUGCACGCCAAAUAUGACGAGCUCGACGAGAAGAUGAAGUCGUUUGCCGGCCUGCAUAUCUCCAAGGAGGAGCUCCACCAGUGGUGUACCGCCUUUAUGUAUAGAAUGAUGUCCACGGGCGGAAUGGCGGCAGCUCUCGAGGAGGUGAACUUGGUUGCCACCAAGUGUGGUGCGCACCGAGUGGGCGUGGCAGGGUUGAGGAGGCUUGACCAGGAUAGGCCAAUUAAGGCUACAUGGUUUAAGCAACUCUUGAUGAAGGACCCAAAGAAAACCAUGCACAAGGCCAUGGUGAAGGUCUUGACGAGGUUGAGCCUUGAGCAGCUCCCUCUGUGGGGAGCUUUGACCGGUGCUAUGCCCAAGAUGAGUUCACCUGCGGAGAUUGCCUCGUUUACAGGCGACGUCCCUGCUGUCCUGGCCAAGGGUCCGAGUGAGGAAGACCCCAUCCUCGAGGUUCCUGACGAGUAUAUGGGCAUCGAGCUCGAGGAUGCUGAUGAGGAAACCGAGGAGGAUGUUGCUGAUACCGGUCACUCAGGAGUUCAGAGAACCGCUGAGGAUGCCUCUCAGGUCCCUUCCAAGGACCCUUCCAAUGAUCCUUCCAAUGAUCCUCACCCAGGCAGUGAUGCUGAAAGUUGGACCGUUCACCGUGUGCACCACAUGGUGUUAUCAGAGGAGCAAUCGAGGGAGUUUCCAUUAUAUUCCAUGAUAAGUGGGAUUCUGAGAAGUCGUGCUGAUGUGCACAGCCUCGAGACGGUGGCGCAUUUGGAGAAUGACCAGCUCGAUGCCAUGAGGACGCAUAACGUGAAGGUUAACCAGCAUCUAACAAACGAGAUCAAAGGACUCCGUGAGGAGAUGCAGCGUCUAGGGGUUCAAAGACUGAGAGACCACAGUGAUUCUUUGACUUUCGAGGCCGAGAUUCAUGACGAGCUGGUAACCAUGGAGAAGGAAAAUGCUCGGCUUAGGGCAAGACAGCAGAUUACUGUGUCUCCCUGGUUUCUCGAGAAGCAUCAGGUGUUAGCUCGAGUCCAGCACAUGAUUAUGGUCAGGACUCGCCAUUUUAUUGCAGCCAUGGAUAUAUUGAAAGAGAGGUCUCGUGAAAUCGAGCUUCUUACAAAUUAUAUUGCUCAACUCCAAAAUCUUCUGCUGGAUAACAACAUCGACUUCGAGGCUUUCGAGCAUCCGGAGAAGACAGUAGAUCCUCGAACUCGGAGUUCUCGAGAGGAAUUGUUGAUGAGGGUGCACGCUCAGGAUACAUAG